UUCAAAGAGUACCUUAAGGCUGAUUUUUUUUUUAACAGUGAUGAAUAUUUUGCAAUGUCCUCGUCGUCGUCAUCAUCAAUGAGCGCCUUGAAGCUAAAGACGGUGUCAGAAGCAAACCCUAACGACGCCGCGAAGAAGGCUGAGACGGUGGAUCUCGGAAACGGAAGCGACGUCGUUUUCAUUCAGAGGUUAAUACCUUCCGAACAAUCAUGGAAAUGGUUCCAUUACCUCGACAACCACAUCCCAUGGACCAGACCCACCAUUCGCGUCUUCGGUAAAUCGUUCCUCCAGCCUCGAGACACUUGUUAUGUUGCAUCUUCAGGAUUGACUGAGUUGAGUUACAGUGGAUACCAGCCACAUGCAUAUUCAUGGGAUGAUUAUCCACCGCUUAAAGACAUCUUGGAUGCUAUUGCUAUGUUGAAAAACUCGUGUAAAACUGCAAUCAAGGAAUUGAAGCAUUGGAUGACUCCGGAAAAGGUCCAAACAUCCCUCACUACAUUUCCUGCUUCAGCUGAAAUAGUGUCUGAACCACUCGGAGUUGUGUUGGUCAUUUCUGCAUGGAACUAUCCAUUUUUGCUGUCACUUGAUCCAGUUAUUGGAGUUAUUGCAGCCGGUAAUGCUGUCGUCUUAAAACCAUCAGAAAUUGCUCCAGCCACAUCAGCAUUGCUGGCAAAACUGGUAGGGGAGUACAUGGAUAACUCAUCUAUAAGAGUUGUUGAGGGAGCAGUUGAUGAAACAUCAGCAUUACUGCAACAAAAGUGGGAUAAAAUUUUCUACACAGGUAAUGGAAGAGUGGGACGCAUCGUGAUAGCGGCUGCUGCUAAGCACCUUACACCAGUUGUGCUGGAGCUUGGAGGAAAAUCCCCUGUUGUUGUUGAUUCAAAUUCAAAUAUCAACUUACACGUUACGACUAGAAGGAUAAUUGCUGGAAAAUGGGGUUGCAACAAUGGACAAGCUUGCAUUUCUCCCGAUUAUAUUAUAACCACAAAAGACUAUGCUCCUAAGUUGGUGGAUGCUCUAAAGACUGAAUUAGAAAGUUUUUAUGGAAAGAAUCCAUUGGAAUCAAAAGAUUUGUCACGCAUUGUAAACUCGAACCACUUUGCUCGCUUGACUAAGCUUUUGGACGAUGAUAAAGUUUCUGGUAAGAUUGUGCAUGGAGGUGAAAAGGAUGAAACCAAAUUGUAAGCUCUGUCUUCUUUGUUGGAGAUUCUUCAUUGAUGAGAUUACUUUGAUGAAUUCAAGUGUGCAUUUUAUACAAAGGAUCAAGUGGACGAAAUCAAAGAGGAGUGGUGUCAAUUCAUGAUAAAGCUGUGUAAUUAAUGUGUACAUUUGUAGUAUAUGUUAUGACUUGUAAAUGUGUACAUAAAUUUGUAUAUAUUUUGAUACAUUUAAGGCAAGAUUGG